AUGGAAUGGGAAAAUCAAACCAUUCUGGUGGAAUUCUUUUUAAAGGGACUUUCUGGCUACCCAAGGCUUGAGCUACUCUUUUUUGCACUGAUCUUAAUAAUGUAUGUUGUCAUCCUUCUGGGCAAUGGCACCCUUAUUUUAAUCAGCAUCUGGGACCCCCACCUUCACACCCCUAUGUACUUCUUCCUGGGGAACCUCUCCUUCUUGGACAUCUGCUACACCACCACCUCCAUUCCCUCCACACUGGUGAGCUUCCUCUCAGAAAGAAAGGCCAUAUCCUUCUCUGGCUGUGCAAUACAGAUGUUCCUCGGCUUGGCCAUGGGGACAACAGAGUGUGUGCUCCUGGGCAUGAUGGCCUUUGACCGGUAUGUGGCUAUCUGCAACCCUCUAAGAUAUCCUGUCAUCAUGAGCAAGGAUUCCUAUGUGCCCAUGGCAGCUGGGUCCUGGAUCAUAGGAGUCAUCAACUCUGCAGUACAAACCGCAUUUGUAGUACAGUUGCCUUUCUGUGGGAAUAACGUCAUCAAUCAUUUCUCCUGUGAAAUUCUGGCUAUCAUGAAACUGGCCUGUGCUGACAUCUCAGGCAAUGAGUUCAUCAUGCUCGUGGCCACAACACUGUUUAUAUUGACACCACUGUUAUUAAUCAUUAUCUCUUACACAUUAAUCAUUGUCAGCAUCCUCAAAAUUCGCUCUUCUGAGGGGAGAAGCAAAGUUUUCUCCACAUGCUCAGCCCAUCUGACUGUGGUGAUCAUAUUUUAUGGUACCAUCUUCUUCAUGUAUGCCAAGCCCAAGUCUCAAGAGUUUCCUGGGGACGACAAGUUGCAAACUUCAGACAAGCUCAUUUCUCUGUUUUAUGGGGUAGUGACCCCCAUGCUAAAUCCUAUAAUCUAUAGCUUGAGGAAUAAGGAUGUAAAAAUUGCUGUAAAAUAUCUGCUAAACCAAAAAGCUAUUCAGUAA